UACAAGAGUAGAAAUAUUGGAAACACAAACUAAAGAACUUGAAGAUAAAACAAUACAUCUGUCUCUAGAACAAGAGAAAGAGCGUGACCAAAGAGCGAUUGCCGAUCUAAAGGCCAGGGAACGAUGCCUCAAGAUAAGAGGCCUCAAAGAACUUCAAAAUGAAGAUCUUUAUCAAUAUUUGAUCCCUAUACUGGCCGACUUUGCGGAAAUACCAUGCUCUGAAUUAUUGAAAGAGGUGGAUAAAACUUUCAGAAUAAAUUCAAAAACAGCAAGAGAACGAAAUCUUCCGAGGGACAUUUCUAUUUAUUUCAUAAGAACUAGAACUAAAGAAUUGAUCUUGGAGAAAAGCUACCAAAAAAGACUUGUUGUUGACAAAGAGGAGUUAAUGAUAUUGAAAGAUAUCCCCGCGAGGAUUCUUAAAAGGAGAGCGGAAUACAGACUUCUAACAUCGUCCCUCAAAAGACAUAACAUCCCUUAUAGGUGGGAGGUCCCGGAGGGAGUUUCUUUCACCUAUAAGAAGAAGAGACUGCGAAUUAACUCACAGGGAAAAGCAAGAGAUUUCUUAAGAACUUUAAAGAAAGGCUCUCCACCGGAAGAAACAAGUGAAUCAAACCAAAAUUUAGACCAGUUAGAAGAAGAAGAAAGAAGGAGUGAUCAGGAAGAAGAGAGAAGUGAAGAAGAAGGAGAAGAAAGAGAAGAAGGAACAACGUUGGACUAACGAAUAGCUAAGUAGGCAGAAUUAUUUUCCUUUUGAUUACGGCGGCAAGAUUAACGUUGGCUCGCGGAUGGAAAGAGGAGAAUAUACCGGAGAUGAACGAAUGGAUCACAAAGCUAUACGAACUGGCA